AAUUUACUUUGUGAUUUUACAUACGAAUUAAUAACAUAUUUUUUGUUUAACUGUUAAAUUAUUUAUUAUGGGUGAAAUUAAACUAAGUGAUGAUGUAUUUGAACAAAUAAAAGACUUCAACUAUUGGAAAUUGACUAAAGAACAAGAAUCGUUAAUUGAUGAACUAAUAAUAGACAAAGGAUUAAAUGAACGAUAUAAAAAUUAUGGGGUAUGUAAAAAUUGUAAGAAGAUUAAUGCUAGAUCUUUCUGCCAGCCAUGUGUUUCAUGUGUUUCUAAACGUUUUCAACAAAAUUUCAAAAAUUGGACAAGUGGAAAUCAUGUCGUUGAUGAGUUUAUUCAAAAAGUACAAUUAAAAGCUGAGACUAUAUACCAUACCAUAGAGUGGAUUGAAUAUGAUAAAUUUGAAGAUGUUGAAUAUUUAGCAAAAGGGGGAUUUGGAACUACUUUUAAAGCAGUUUGGAAAGAUGGUCCUAUAUGGAGAUGUAACGAUAAUCAAUGGAAAAGAGUUGGUGAAACAAAAGUUGCUUUAAAAUGUUUACAUAACUCACAAGGUAUUACGACAGAAUUCUUAAAAGAAGUUGAAUCAAACAUUUUAGUAUGUAAUUCUGAUUGGAUAGUUCGUUGUUUUGGUAUUACCAAAGAUCCAAAAACAAAUAAUUUUAUGAUGGUAAUGGAUUUAAUGAAUGGUGGUUUAAGACAACAUUUGAAUAACAACUUCAUUUCACUGGAUUGGGAAAAAAAGUUGUGGAAUUUACUUAAUAUUGCACUUGGUCUUAGUGAUAUUCAUGAGAAAGGAUUAAUCCAUCAUGAUUUCCAUUGUGGAAAUAUAUUAAGCAAUUUUGAUAAUCGGGCUCAUAUUACUGAUUUGGGAUUAAGUCAACCGGCAAACGUCAAAUCCUCUCAAAAUAAUAAUAAAAAAAUAUAUGGAGUAUUACCUUAUGUAGCUCCGGAAGUUUUAAGAGGAAAAGAAUAUACUCAAAAAAGCGAUAUUUAUGGAUUUGGAAUCAUUGCAUAUGAAAUUUGUACAGGUUUCCCUCCUUAUUAUGAUAUAGCUCAUGAUGAAUUCUUAGCAAUGAAAAUUUGUAAGGGGUUGAGGCCAAAGUCUAAUUAUAAAAUUCCUCAAUUGAUUUUUGACAUUAUUAAUCAAUGUUGGGAUGCAGACCCUUUAAAACGACCUAAUGCAGUUGAAUUACGUAAUUUAUUUUCGAAUUUACGGAAAGAUAUUUAUGACAAUAAAAUGGAUUCUGUAAUUUAUGGGCAAGUUAAAGAAGCAGAUGAUAUUAAUAAAAAGUUAUCUUUUUCAUCACCUUUAAUAUCUACUGGUACUAUAUCAUAUACGACACAUCCUCAAGCAGUUUACACAAGUAGACUUUUAGAUUUUAAAAAUCUUCCAGAACCAAAAAAUGCCGAUAAUAAUAAUGAUUUAAUAGAAUAUUCAGAUUCCUUGAAAAUAGAUUUUACUAAACUUGAUAUUAAUUCUAAAGAUUGGAGUUCUGCACAAAAAUCCAUAUUUGUAACCCAGCCCAGUCCGCAACCAGAAUUACUUUUCGUUAAAAAAGAAUCUUCACAUUUAUUUGUUAAAAAAAAAUCAUUAUAUUUAUUGUUAUAAAAAAACCUUUAUAUUUAUUUAUUUAAAUUUUGUAUUUACUUAUUAAAAAAAUUUUUUGUACUGUAUUUACUUGUUGAUAAAAUUUUCGUAAUAAAAUUACUAUUUUC